AUUAAAAGAGAAGCACUAACAGAAACAAAUAAUGGCUGUUAAGAGUCACAUAUGUCUGCUGGGACUCAUCAUUCUCUGCUCACCAUUCACAAGUGUGACUGCAGUGACUCAUGUGUUCAGUAGUUCAGGAGAAGAUGUCACUCUGGCCUGUAUUAAUGCUCUUUCUGACUGCACCUCAACUGUAUGGAACUACACCAAUCAUAGAUCAUCAGCUGCAGUAGAACUGAUUGGUUUAGGAAUAAAGAAGAAAAACAUAGAGAGAGCUGAGAGACUGAGUCUGGGGUCUGACUGCUCUCUGAACAUCUAUAAAACAACAAAAAAAGAUUGUGGACAAUACACCUGCAGACAAUAUGUGAAAGAUAAACAACAUGGAACUGAUGCACUGGUUUUUCUGCAUGUUCUUCGUGUUUCUCCAUCAUCCACACAGACUGAGAUGAGAUCAGGCAGCUCUGUGACUCUCACCUGUCAGCUGUUUUCAUAUGAAGACUCUUGUGAUAGUUUGUUCCGUACUGAGGAUCUUCAGCUGUUCUGGGUGAAUCAGGCUGAUGUUAAUCUACAGACAGACUCCAGAUAUCAGAUAUUAUCAUCAGGAGAAUGUAUCAAGACUCUGACUACAAUACUCCUGAAUGAAGACAACAACACAGAGUUGAGAUGUUUGGUUAAAAUGAAGAAUAAGAUUAAGACCUCAGUCAGCUAUACUGUCAAGUUUAAGGCAUCAACUACAGCAACAAUCAAACCAACCUCUAAAAUAACUUCAAGUCCUACUGCAGCAUUACCUCCUACACAAGUCAGAAUCAUCACCGCAAACCCUGAGAUAGCAGAAACUGAAGACAGUAUGCCUUGUGUGUCAUUAUACAGAGUGAUUAUAGUGAUUGUUGAGACCAUAGCAUUCACUGCUCCUACUGUAAUUCUUCUUCAGAUCAUCUGUACAGGAAGAGCUGAAAACAGAAGAAGGACCCAGACCACCUAGAAUACACACUGAUUAAACACUCUCUCGGCAAAUAGCAACAUUACUGCAAGUGUUUUUAUACAUUUAAUAAGAAUUUGCAUGGUAGGUAACCAAUCAUCCCACCAUCAGGUGGCACGCACUCCACAAACUGGACUAUGGACACACUCACUUUGCUUCUACUUUCACUUCUGGCCCUUUGUGUAUAAAACCACGGUUGCGUCCGAAACCGCACUGUAUAGUAGGUACUGAAUAAGAUGAAGUACCUACUUACUUGCG